CUUUACCUGACCCGUUAAAACUUUUCUCUGGGAUGCCACAUCAGCAGUCAGAUGCAGUAUGCAACAAAAGUCCAUCAAAUGUUGUUACCCACAUGGAUGGUGGCUGGACAGCGUUCGACAUGCCAAAUCACACAGCACAAAUUGGCUCUGGCUCUUUAGAAAAUUAUAGCCAUCAUUCAUCUCCCUUGAGUGGACUAUUCUUUCCGCAUCCCGACGUCCAAGGAGGAUAUCCAUCAAUGCCUGCCCCAUUACAUGGAGGCAUCCAAAAUAAUGAAGCGACCCUACAUGGAAGCUCUGAGCCAUGGAAAGCAUUUGGGAGUUCCAGUGAUUUCUUUGCAUUACCAAGGGAUCAAAUUAGUACUCAAGAGGUUUUAACCAGCCAUCUUCCUAUUACUGAUCAGUAUCUGGGGUUAAAAGGAUCAGAGAACUUUGCUGAUCAUGGAAUUUUAAGAACAGAAGUGGAAGUUGGCAACAAAACCAUAUGAACUUGCAAACAUCAAAUCUACCAAUCCAUUUGAUCUCCCCUAUGAACCUCACAUGCAAUUCAACAGUACGCCCGAUUUCUGGGACAUGAGCUCCUUACAAGCUGGAUUGCCAAAUGGAAAGAUGCAUACGCCCUUUGUUGGUGGCGAUGUAAGAGCGUCUUGGUUUUCACAGAAUUCAUUUUCAUUUUACGUUUCAGCUUUGGGAGAAGAUACCUCGGGAUUCAUUUCAGCACAACCUACAGGCAGCCAACCGAAUGAUUUGCCAACACAAGGGCCUAUUGCUCCUAUUGGCGGAAACCCCUUCGCAUGAAGAUACACACACACACACACUUUCUGCUCAUUAUCAUUUGCAUUUUGUUUAUUUAUUUUUUAUAUAUUGGUAUCAAUGAAUUGGGUUAGGCCACUUUUUUCCCUAACUAGUAUUGUAUUUAAAAAGAUGGGGAUGAUUUUGAGUUGUAAAAAA